AUGGGUAUUAAUAUAAGUGACAACAUUUCUGGUUUUAAUUAUACUACUGAGAUGAGUGAUGCUUUGUUUGAUAUCCACUUCCUGAUUCCAGUAACAAUUAUUUGCAUAUGUCUGUUCCUGUUGGGCAUAUGUGGGAAUCUGUUAACAAUUCUGAUUUUCAAGAGGUAUAAGAAUAUGCGAUCAACAGUUAAUAUGUACCUCUCCAGCAUGGCGGUCUCUGACAUUCUUAUUUUUCUUGGUCUGCCUUCUGAUUUGUAUAGAAUUUGGAAGUACAAACCAUAUGUGUUUGGUGACUUUGCCUGCAAGUUUCUGGUCUAUCUUAGUGAGACCUGCACAUAUUGUACAAUUCUGCACAUCACCACAGUUAGCAUAGAAAGAUACCUUGCCAUAUGCUUUCCACUGAAAGCAAAGAUCUUGAUAACAAAAAAGCGAGUUAAAAUUAUUAUUGUUCUUUUAUGGUUAUUUGCAUUACUCACAGCAGGGCCAAUUUUUUUUCUUUUUGGGGUUGAACAUCCUCAUGGAUCCGUUGCUGAAGAAAGCAGGGAGUGUAGACAUAUGGAACAUUCAGCCCAGAAUGGGCUCCUGCAGAUAAUGAUUUGGAUCUCAACUAUUUAUUUCUUUUUACCUAUGUUUUUCUUGACACUCCUGUAUGGGCUCAUCUGUAGGAAACUAUGGAGUAAACACGAAAUCAGGCUACAAACUGCUGCAAACAGAGGAAGGCACCACAGACAAACUGUAAAAAUGUUAGCUGUUGUAAUUGUAUGUUUCCUAUUGUGCUGGCUGCCUUUCCACGUUGGACGACUCUUAUUUGCUUGGGGUGGAAUAGAAGAAUAUAUGCUAUAUGAACUCUCACAGUAUUUUAACCUCAUCUCUAUGGUUCUCUUUUAUCUGAGUGCAACUAUCAAUCCCAUCCUUUACAAUAUAAUGUCGCAGAAAUUUAGAUCAGCCAUGAAUUUGAUUCUGAACCGAAGACAAAGUAAUGACUCCAGGCACAUGUCAAGAAGUGAACCAUCCUCCCUGAAAGUUACAGAAAUCAGUUCCUUCAUGUAA